AUGGUUACUGUCACCAAAAGGCCUCUUGAGGAGCCUCAAGGAGACCGCAAGGCCAAGACUCUAAAGACCAAAAAAGAAACAUCACCUACCUCAUCCACAACCGACUUCACUACAAUCAUGGCUUCUCAGCUCGCGCUCAUCGAGUCGUCUACACGCACAACGUUCGAGAAGCAAGUGUGGUCGCUACUAUGCCAGAUCCCGCGAGGCAGUUUCUCCACGUACGGUAUCAUGGCUGCGCAUCUCAAGUCUUCUCCACGGGCUGUUGGUAAUGCGCUGCGUCGAAACCCGUUCGCGCCAGAUGUGCCGUGUCAUCGUGUCGUGGCUACAGGUGGUGCGCUGGGCGGGUUCAAGGGGAAGUGGCCUAAAAAUGGAGAGGGGAUUACUCUGGAUGAGAAGAGGAAGCUGCUGAAGGGUGAGGGAGUGAGAUGGGAUGAUAAGGGUAAGGUUAUUGGGACACCGUUUGGAGGUUUCAUUUGA